UACACCUAUUCGUACAAAAACACCUGUACGUUGCAUCGCGGUUGCUAAUAAAUACGAUACUUUGGUAAAUAAAAUGAUCGAAAGUAAGAAGAAAAGACAACAUACGAACAGGUUCGAGAAAUUGGCUUUCCCCUUGCUCGGUUUUCGUCAACUUGAUUUUAAAAUACCACUGCGCUUCGUGCCGCGAAUGAUGAUACGCCUAUCAAUUAUUGUAAUGAGCUACAGUAGGGAAAGUAAAUUUUCGUUUCCCGUAAUGUGAUGUGAUGCUAACAAGAAGACUAGUUAUUUUUUACUAGUUAUUUUUUAAGGCAAACACGUAAUUCUUCUUCGUUUUGCUUUAGUUUAUCGUUAGGAUAUAUUUCAAGUGCAUUUCACCUGCAUUCAACGAGUGUACACUUCAUUAUUUGAUUUUAUUGCGCGCACAAUGAGAGAUUUUUCAAACUAAACUCCACACUUAACCGGUUAAAAUACACAAUAUUUGUCGUUAUAAUUUUUGCGAUCAUAAUAACAAAUUUCGUCCAUACCAACGUAUUCUUGUAUAUGCAAACUUUCGUCGAGAACUUUUUACGGUCUUCGGUACGCGCAUCAUCCUAAUGUAUCUGGAAACCACGCCUUAAACCUAAAGCCUUUGCUCCUGGACAGUGGGUAGUGGUAGUCAAGUUUUUCGGCAGUGGCGAGCCGUUCUGUGCCGCAAUAUACAAUUUUCGUCCGAUAUACAUAAAUCGUGGAGAACCUUCUCGUAGAGUGGGCGUACGUCGAACUUAAUUUCUUCCUAAAUUCCGUAAACGACAAACUUAUUCAGUUUUCACCUACAUAAUCGUCCGUCCGCCGAUAUUACGACUCCGAUCACGUGCUUACCGGAAUAUAAUAGAAGGAUGUUGUCACAAAGCGGAUGCACAUUAUUCGGAAAAAAGACCAUCCAGCAACAUACAAAAUAUUGGCCAAUCCGACAAAAGCCGUGCCCAUGAUUAUCAAAAUGCGAUGGCCCCAUAUACUUUUCACGAUACCCUGCUUCAUAUUACACGUAUCUUUCUACGUUCGCGUACACGGGCAUGGGCGCUUGAUGGAUCCACCAGCGCGAAACAGCAUGUGGAGGUUCGGAUACCCGAAUCCUGUGAACUACAAUGACAAUGAGCUCUUCUGUGGUGGAUACGCAGUACAAUGGGUGCAGAAUGAGGGACAAUGUGGAGUAUGCGGAGAUCCUUACCACUUUAAAGAUCCGAGACCACACGAAGCGGGUGGCGAAUACGCGAAAGGAACUAUUGUUAGACACUACACGGCCGGCCAGGAUAUUGACGUUGAAGUCGAACUUACAGCGAAUCAUUUGGGAAGAUUUGAAAUGUACCUUUGUCCAAACAAUAACCCAAGAAAUGAGGCAACCCAAGAAUGUUUCGAUAGGUACCCUUUGUAUGUCACUGGAACUCGGGAUGUUCGAUUUGAAAUUCCUCUAGACACUGAAAAAAAAGCUAUAUUUCGGUAUAGGGUGUCUUUACCGUCAUACGUUACUUGCUCUCAAUGUGUAAUACAAUGGAAUUACUACACAGGUAACAUGUGGGGUAUUUGCGACAAUGGAACCGAAGCUAGUGGCUGUGGAAGACCUGAAACAUUCCGAAAUUGUGCUGACGUUAGCAUUGUUACAAGCACAGCUGGGGUGCCACCGCUCUUUGUGCAACAAGACAAUCCUUUCCUACUUUAUUACAAGGACUAUCGUUCGCCAAAUAAUAUCUUCCCGCUCGUUGUUAGGUCUCAAGUCUGUGUUCCUACUUCCCUUUAUCGGCGUAUACCGGGAAUGGGAGACUGGUGUCAAAGUAAUUGUCUUCGGUAUCCACCAAACUGCCCUGCGAACAUAUGCCAGUGUCCGGAAAUAUGCGAUGCUACUGGAGAAAUAGCUGGGAAAGAAGGUGCAAGUGUUUACUGCAUGGACAAAUGCCUGGUCUACCCACCUAAUUGCCCUCAUCAUCGGUGCCACUGUUAUUGAUCAAGUCAAGCAGUAACCCACCAAGUAGGUAAAAACAAUAUAAUUGCUGUUUUCAUCGUUUAUCAAGAAUCGAUAGAAAUAGUAUUCUGAAGCGAAUCCCUUCACUUUUAUAUUAUAAGUAAGUCCCCUUGUACACAUCAAUAUAGGUAUCACAAAACGAAUCGUUUUAAUAAUAAGCAUAUUAACCGAUUAUCAUUAAAGUUCCACAGCUACAAAAUGCAAUUAAUAUGUUUUACGAGCAUUGAUUUGUUAGUUACCCAGAAAAUGAUGUCACCCAUUGAUUUUAACGCAGUUGAAAUAUAUUAUCAUGGUCAUCGUUCUGAAUAACUUUUGCCCAUAAAUCUUAUUACCGUUCUGCUUUAGUUUCCGAGGGUUUGGAUUGAAUUUAUUUUAAAUUAGAGUUAGCAAAUGCAGCGUACAAAGGACGGUAUGUAAUACUGAAUAUAUUUUUAAAAUAUCUAAACAACUGCCGAAAUGUUUUGCGAAUAUUUCGAAAACUAAGGCCAAAUGGCAAUAAUAUACAUACACGGACAAAAAUUAUUUUGAGUUAUUAUGUCCUUGACAACAUAUUUCAACUCCAUUGAAUUCGUUGAGUGGUCUCCCCGUUAUUGUAUAAAACUAUGCUCACAAUGGACGUGAAUUCACACGA